AUGCACUCUUCAGGUCGGACUGCAAUGAGUGGACUGAGGUCUUCUGGACUGCUGGGGCUGGUACUCUUAAUGCUCUCAGCAGGAUACUGCAGAGAAAAAACGGACUCCACAGAUUUGAAGGACAAGCAAAGUCUCUUAAAUCUCAUAAUGGAGAUCAUUCAGGAACUGAAGAGGUACCACCUGGAGAAGGACAGUGGGAUGCAGUACUUCUCCAAGCAUGACUAUAACUUGGAUCGAAGGGAAGUGGCUGACUAUGGGGGAUACCAGGACGAGCAGAGAGUUGAAAUAGUUCCCAGAGAUCUGAGGAUGAAAGACAAGUUCUUGAAGCAUUUAACAGGUCCACUCUACUUUAGCCCAAAAUGUAGCAAACACUUUCAUCGGCUUUAUCACAAUACAAGGGACUGCACCAUCCCAGCAUACUAUAAAAGAUGUGCCAGGCUUCUCACUCGAUUGGCAGUAAGCCCUAUGUGCAUGGAAGGAUAAAGGUAAGCUUUUUCCUAGCAGAAAUGACAUUCCACUGCAUAGCAAAGCAGUGGAUGUUGUGUUUGAUACAUGAAAAUUCAUGGGAAUAUAUUAACAACUCUCCUUUAGAUAAGGUAUUCCUUUCCCAGAGGACUUAAGUAACUGGCUUAAUCUGGCAAAUUUUGGCAUUAAGGAAAGGGUACCCCCUACUGGAAGUCAUUACAUAAAUGUCUA